UUCCAAAGCUAUGCCCUUACCAAAUAUAGUUUCACUAGAUUAUAAUUACAAUAUUGUCCUUUUCCGCUUAUAUAUAAGCUGAAAGUAUUCUACCAACGUUAGGGUUUUGGGAAUCAGCAGCAGCCGCACAACUGAGCAGGAUUUUGAAACCCUAACGAUGUCGCUGGUUGCAAAUGAAGAUUUUCAGCACAUACUUCGUGUGCAAAACACGAAUGUGGAUGGGAAACAGAAGAUCAUGUUUGCAAUGACAUCAAUCAAAGGUAUCGGUCGCCGUUUUGCUAACAUUGCCUGCAAGAAAGCUGAUAUCGACAUGACCAAAAGGGCUGGUGAACUUUCUGCUGCUGAAAUCGACAGCUUGAUGGUCAUUGUGGCAAAUCCUCGUCAAUUCAAAAUCCCUGAUUGGUUUUUGAAUAGGCAAAAGGAUUACAAAGAUGGCAAGUUUUCACAAGUUACAUCUAAUGCUCUGGACAUGAAGCUUAGGGAUGAUCUGGAACGUCUGAAGAAGAUCAGGAACCACCGGGGUUUACGUCACUAUUGGGGUCUUCGUGUGCGUGGUCAGCAUACAAAGACCACUGGUCGCCGAGGAAAGACUGUUGGUGUCUCCAAGAAGCGAUAAUUGCCUUCCCCUGAGCCAAUUUUGCAUGCUUUAUGCUAUUUCAUUUUGAUAUGCAACAAGAGAUGGUUUGAAAGGAACUUUGUUUUAUGGUUUUGUUGAAUGUAUUGGAUUUUGAGUGGAGUAGCAUUGCUUUGGAAGAAUGUAUUAUCUGCACUUGACCUUUUUGGUGACGAAUGAAGUUCAAUUUGCUACA